CUUUCCUAUCCCAUAUUCGUCUCCCACCGCCACAUUUCCGUCUCGCUACUGCUACAUGCCCAUCACCCAAGAGCCUGACCUGUUUUCUUGUACAAAUCUUCGCGUUGGACGACCAGGACUGGUCACCGCAUCCCCAUUCACAGUAUCUACCCCGCAAUAGUAGCACCUAGCAAGAGCUAUCCAUAUGUCAAAACGCAAAUUCACAAAGCCUGGAGAUCUCCUACCUGGCCCAUCACCACGCAAACGACGUGCCCAAGGUACGGACCGGCCGUUUACUACCAAAACAUCUGUAUUGAAUGACCUACCUGAAGAGCUCAUCCUCGAGGUACUCGAUCAGGUGCUCUGGUGGGAAGACGGCGAUGCAAAAGCACAUUACCAAACCUUGCACAGUCUCUCUUUGACAAACCGGAAGCUGUACCGACUCACAAAGUCGUAUCUGUACACAAUCGUAGACAAUGUUUUUGUAGAUUCCGGCAAGCUCCUGCGCUCAGCGAUCCAGGAGCCAGAGCUAGCAAAGCGCAUCAAAUGUGUCCACUGGCUUGAUGACCACCAAGGAAGCCCGUAUCAGUGGAAUCCCGACAACAAAUACAAACUCUCCCAGAUUGAGCGCCGCGAACUCUGCAAACUCGUCGACCGACUCGGCAUCCCGGAGAUCCAAGCAUAUCGCAUAGGAUUCAAAGAGCAGAAGAUGCGUGACAACCUCACCUCUCUACUCCUAGUAGCCCCAGAUAUCGAGUCCAUCGAAGUAGCAGACACAAAUAUGUGCUGCUCCCCCUCGGGCUACCGCUUGCGACCCAUGUGGCUAAAACUCCUCUGCGACGCCGGCAUGUCCACCAUCCCGGGACUAUCAACUCACUUCCAGCACCUCAGCACAAUACGGCUUCAGAUGGGUCCCAUAAAACUCGAGCACAUAGGCGGCAUGCUACGUCUUCCCUCCCUCCGCGCCCUCAUGCUCGAAGACAUCUUCCAUCCAGGCGAGAUCCUCCCCUGGCGAUGGGACGCCGAAGUAGCACCCCGCUGCUCGAACCUACAAGUCCUAUACAUAGAAAACAGCUACAUCGACUCGCUCGCGGUCGCACAGAUCCUGCACGCCAUAAAAGCGCUCAAGCUCUUCUGCCUCGACUUCGAUAACUGGAUCCACAGCGCCGCCAACCGUUUCUUCGGCGAGCGGCCCCCGCUCAUGCACUACCCCACCCUCGCCGCCGCGCUGCUCGCACACAAGGACUCGCUCGAGCAGCUCAGCCUAGAGGAUAGCUCAGAGGGCGAACUGCGCGCGUUCUUCGGCGACGAAACGGGCUGUCUCGGCAGUCUGCGCGAUAUGCAUAAACUCAAGUAUGUCGACAUGGGCCUGUAUCCGUUCCGCCAGAACAAGACGCCCCACGACGACAACGCGGCGCCUGCCCGUCUCGCGGAGAACUUACCGCGCAAUAUCGAGCACAUGGAUAUUAGCAUCGAGGAGGUGCUCAACGACGCAGAGGAGAAGCGCUGGCGGCGCGAUCUGGAGGACCUGGCCAGGACGUGUAAGACGAUGGUGCCGCUGCUGAGGGAGAUUCGCGUCGCCAAGCGCCUGGUGCAGGUCGUGUUUGUCGACGACGAGGUGCGCAAGAUCAAAGAGAAGUUUGCGGAGCAGGGCGUUGUGCUGCGGUUUUGUGGCGAGGAGGGGUAUCGGCCGACGGUGAAGCAUUGUACUGGGGGUGGGCGUGAGAGGGAUGAGGAUGUUGAUGUUGAUGUUGAUGAUGCUGAGGUUGACGAUGACGAUAACGAUUCGAGUCUGAGUAUACAGCUCAUGGCUGACCUGCUGGGGACUGCUGGGGGUACGUAUGUGCACGGGCAUGAGGUUUAAAAGGAGCUUCGAUGUGUGUUGUUUUCAGACUUGUAUUUUGAUAUGGUACGAUAUGACCUACUACUAUUAGAAGAUCCAUAAUGCGUUACUGACGCUUUUACGACCCUGGCAUGAUCGUUACCGUCGGCGACGGUCCUACCCGGCAUUACAUUUCCCGCGUACCUACAACCCUAACAUAACAUUACUCACAGUCCUGGUAUCAGAUCUUACUACUUCUCAUGAAGUUAAAUAUUACACCUGGACUCUUGAGCGUUCUCACUUUCAUCAAUUUGUCUUCACCAUUAUGAAUUUGUAUAACGUCCACACAACCUAAUCUCAAACUCCCUCUCUCUCUGUUAUGGGCGGUUAGGUGCC